AUGAUUCAAACUCAAAAAGGAGCUCUUGAUAAGUUUUUUAAAACUAGUUCUUCAAUUGAAGAUUCAGCUGAUGACUUACUUAAUGAAGAGGUUGGUGAUCUCAGUGAGAAUGAAAAUAAUCUGGAAGAAAUGAUUGAAAAUGAUAUAAAUGAACUGAACAAGGGUGGUGAACCCAUUGAGAAUGAAAAUAAGCAGGAAGAAAUGAUAGAAAUUGAUACAAAUGAACUGAAUAAUAAGGUUGGUGAUCUAAUUGAGAAUGAAAAUAAUGGGGAAGAAAUGAGAGAAAAUGAUACAAAUGAAUUGAAUCAGGUUGGUGAUCAAUUUGAGAAUGAAAAUGAAACUGAACAAAUAAAUCUUGCUUUGAAUAUCUAUGAUCCAAGAAAUUGGGAUGACAUUGAUAACAAAACAAAGGAUCUUUUAGUAGAAAAGUGUCCUAUAAGAGAAAGUAAUCUCAAGUUUCCUGUGGAUGGGCUUUCUAGGGUUUUCCUUCAUGAUAUUAAAUAUCUAAUCUGA